ACGAAUAUCCUUAACGUUAAUAGAUCGUUUUGCUAUUUUCUCAAUCGGUGAAUGAUUAGUUCUAUUUAGCUGUGCUGCCUGGAAGUUCAUCCUACUCGGUCAUGUGAUUCGAGCUUCAGUUGCAAACGUGAAAAAAUGACGUGUGCGUAGAUGAGUUUCAAAUGAGUGCACUGUUGGGUGGAGACGGAUUGUACGGAUUAAUUCUCAGCGAAUGACGAGUUGUAAGCACUUAAUUUAAGCUCAAGUUGAAUUUCAAUCGAAGUCGGUAUUUAGUUGAAAUUGGUGGGUUUUUUUCGGAUGACGUGUUUAUGUAGGCCUGUUAAUUGAAUGUUUAAUGUCGGAUUCUCGAUCUCUAUAAUAUUUCAGAACAAUGUAUAUUAAAUCUCGGUCAGUCGUCAGUUGUUUAUACAUUCUCAUCUUCUCUUGUUUAACGUAUGGAACACUAUCGCAGAACGAUACUACCAAGACACCUAUUUAUAUUGCUGGAUUUAUGCCAUUCCCGGACCCUACAUAUGACCAUUUGGUGGCCAGUGUCCUUACGGCAAUUGACCACGUAAAUUCGUUUGACAAAAUACUUCAUGAUUAUGAGCUUCGUAUGAUUUGGAACUGGACAAUGGCAGAUCCGGGCAAAUCACUGCUUACAUUUUACGAGUUCAUCAACAGUCCACAUACAAUACUGAUGGCUUGGGGACCGACAUACUCUAUUGUUGGAGAGACACUCAACGUUGUUGUUUCACAGUAUAAUAUAGUACAAGUUGGAAUUGCUCAGUUCCAAACGGACGAUUUAUUUAUGAGGGAUUAUCCAUACACCAUCCAAAUAUAUCCGAAUGCAAACAUAUUCAACCCUGCCAGGAUUUCACUUUUUAACGAACUGGGAUGGAAAAGAGCCUCUAUCAUAUUUCAAGAUGUUGAUCUUUUUAGAGGGGAAAUGGAGCAGUUGGCGGAGAUGAUGGUGGCAGAAGGCAUCGACGUGAUAAGUAUCGAAGGAUUUUCAGACGAGCCAGCAUAUAGAAUCAGAAAUCUAAAGGUUGUCUUAUUUCUUUUACAAAUUUGUCAACAUUAUACUGUUAAAUACAGCCAUAAUAAGAAGCAUGAUUCUCGUAUUAUUGUUGGUAUAUUUUACCAAGAUAUGGCGGUUAAGAUAUUUUGCGAGGCUUAUAGACAAGGCUUAUACCCCCCGAAACAUGUGUGGAUGAUAGUUGGGUGGUACCAUACGAACUGGUGGGUCGAAGAGACAGAGAAGAUUAGGGAGACAAACCAUGACUUUUGUACUUUACAAGAAAUGGAAAUUGCGGUAGAAGGCACACUGAGCAUGCGUGGAUUUGAAUUUCAGCAGAACGCAUCACGUUUAGAUUUUAAUGGCGAGCGUCCAUCGAAGGAUCAUGAAGAGUAUCUGGAGCAUCUCCAGCGCAUGCUGUUGACAUCGGGGGCUUGCGAUUCUUACGGCUACGAUCAGAUCAUCACAAUUAGCCUUGCACUGAAUGCUUCCAUUGAAGAUUUAAAACAGUUGAGCCCGCCGAAAAGACUUGAAGAUUUCACGUACGAAUCUAAAUACAUGGCGGAUAUAAUUUACAAGAAUGCAAAGAACGUAAAAUUUAAUGGACUAACGGGAUUCGUAGGAUUUGAUGAGUACGGUAGCCGACAAAGUGAAGCCGUUGUUCAACAAUUGCAAGAUGGGAAUAUCACACAGGUCCUUGUUCAUAACCAACUUAAAGAUGAUAUUCGAUUUAUAAACGCCUUCAAAUGGAGUGGAGGAUUUGUUCCAGUUGAUGGGCCUACAUAUGAAAUAAUUCAAUUAACUAUUUCCCAGUCGAAGAAGGUAUUCAUUUACAUCCUAUCGGGGUUGGGCAUCAUAUACGCUUCCAUACUACUAGUACUGAAUAUAAAAUACAGGGAAACUCGAGUAAUGAAGCUAUCAAGUCCUCUGUUGAAUAGCUUGAUAGUGGUUGGUUGCAUCGUCUUGUAUGUAUCCAUGGUGCUGUAUCUAUGGUCACUGGAGAUCCGCGAAAACUCACCCGUAUUUGUAUCAUGUCAGCUCGGGUUACUCACUACCUGUGUUGGGUUUUCAAUGGCGUUUGGGGCUCUUUUUAUGAAAACCUAUCGUGUCUACAGCAUCUUCAAGGCAACCAUGACACGACUUCGAGCUGCGAGAGGUCUCCACAACAGUACGCUGUUUUCGUAUAUUGCAGCAUUUGUGCUGAUCGAUGUUCUAAUUAACGGCUUCGCCUAUUGGUUCAAUUUAUUCGAAAUAGUAUCACAUGAGGUCAACGAGAAGAACGAUACAACUAAUCCGCACUUAGAACUUGUAUACAUCGAGGUCUCGUACGAGUGUUCAUCGAGAUACAACUCAGUUUUAUCAUCGUUUUUGAUUGCAUAUAAAGGUGCCAUGUUGUUGUUUGGAGUUUUUCUAGCCUGGUCCACACGCAAUGUUAAACUCGUACAUUUAAACGACAGUCACUACAUAGCAAUUUGUGUAUACACUGUAGUAAUUUGCUGUAUGAUAACCGUCCCAGCUGCCGUCCUUCACUCCAAUAAACUCGGUCUAAUCUUCGUCUUGUUUGGCACUACAAUAUUCCUCACCAACACUUUGGUUCUUUCUCUUGUAUUUUUACCAAAAUUGCAUGUUUUGUACAAAGAUGGCGGCAAGGAUGUUAAUCUCAGCACAAUGCCGAGUGAAUUUACUUCUAAAUCGACCAUCUCCAAAAAUGAGUGUGAUGUUUUAGAAGAUUUAUAUCUACAGAAAUGUUUGGAAUUAAAACGAUUGAAAUGUCGACUGAAAGCGUCAACCUAGCUACAUCUCAGGUUGCCGAUAAUCGUUUUCUGCCAUAUGAAAACUUCACCCUCAAAUUCUAGAUCUCUUUAAUUAUUCGAGAACUAGAUAAUUUGAGACCAGUUUUUUAAAGUAGCAACUAUCAACUUCAAUCUUUAAUACAAAGCUUGGAAAUUGAAGCCGGAGACCAUCGCACAUCCCAACGGUAGUCUCGAUUUGGAUGGUGAACAGUAUAAUAAACAAAACGAUGAACGGUGGUCUAGAGGUAUGCUGCCAGGCUAGUGAUCUGGAGAUGGUUGGUUUGUCUAGAGAUUACAUUUUUAUUGUAUUUUUACCGUUUGUUUGUUUGUAAAAUUUUUUGCACUCCAAUAUAUCAAAAUACAAUUGAUAAAACAAGGCAUAAAUAAAAUUCAGAAUUUAUAGAAAUUCAGCAUAAAUAAAAGACAGAAAAAACGAGAAAGGAAUGCAGGGAUUGCUCUAUAAGCCCUGAGGCUUGUUUCUGUAGAGGCCCCCGUUGUAAAUUAAAUUAAAUAAAAUACAUUUUUGUUAAUUUAAAGAGGGAAUAAAUUCACUAGUUUCAAAUAGCAUCUGAGGAUAAAUACAUAAAUUUUAUCAAAUAUUAAGGCUAUGGUUAAUGAUUUUGUCAGUUGAGUAAACUCUAAUGCUCUUUCCAAAUUAUCAAAUUUUCUUUGACAAUAAACUGUUGCAUGCCCAUAUAUAGUCAUGUUGUGCCUAUAUAUGUUCAUGAUGUGAUGUCAUCAUUACCAUAUUUAGGCACGUCACAUGUUUUCGUCAAUUAAAAUUUGAUAGUCUGGACAGGGCUUUAGUUCACAUUGAUGGUAUAGUUUUUGGGAACCAUUGAAAUUGAGAAUGAUUUCAACAACAAAAAAUGUAGUUUUACGCUGAACUUAAGUUUACAGCAAAUCAUCCAUCUAUUUAUACCUUACAUUUCCGAUGUUCAAAGGAAAUCAAAAUGCAGAUAUUUCAAUAUGAAAUUCUAAUGAACACCUGAGUGACUAAUUCUAGAUUAUUAGGCCUAUAAAAUGAAAAUUGUGGAAUCAAACCAAUGCUCGUAUUGCAAGACAAAAAUCGAAACCAUGCAACAUUUAUUGUUUGAUUGUACGAAAGCAAAAUCAAUAUGGGAUGCUUAUAAAUGGAAAAAAAAAUAUUAUCUUAAAUUAUAAAACAGUUAUUAUAGGUUAUGAGGUUGAUGCUCCUGAUCUGUUGUUCAAUUUGUAUAUUCUACUAUAUUCUACUAUAUUUCUACUAUAUUUCAAUAUAAAAUUCUAAUGAACAUCUGAGUGACUAAUUCUAGAUUAUUAGGCCUAUAAAAUGAAACUUCUAAAAUUUAAUUUUUAUUUAGAAAAGAACAAAGGACCUAGUCAAUAUAAUUUUAAUCAAAAAUGGAAGGCAUUAAUUGAUAUUUUUCUUUAAAAGACUGAUCUCUUUAACGUUAAAUAAAUAUAUAUGGUUGCUCUUCUGUAUCUGGUCGCAGAAGUCUAAGAAUGGAUUUGUUUGGCAUACAUAUUUGAUAUUACAUUGUUCAAUUUGUAUAUUCUACUAUAUUCUACUAUAUUUCUACUAUAUUUCAAUAUAAAAUUCUAAUGAACAUCUGAGUGACUAAUUCUAGAUUAUUAGGCCUAUAAAAUGAAACUUGUGGAAUCAAACCAAUGCUCGUAUUGCAAGACAAAAAUCGAAACCAUGCAACAUUUAUUGUUUGAUUGUACGAAAGCAAAAUCAAUAUGGGAUGCUUAUAAAUGGAAAAAAAAUAUUAUGUUAAAUUAUAAAACAAUUUUUAUAGGUUAUGAGGUUGAUGCUCCUGAUCUGUUGUUCAAUUUGUAUAUUCUACUAAUUAAGUAAUCUACUGUUUACCUGUAGAGGGCGACCAUUUGAUAAAUUUUAAUCAACUUUUUGAAAAAUCUAAAAUUUAAUUUUUAUUUAGAAAAGAACAAAGGACCUAGUCAAUAUAAUUUUAAUCAAAAAUGGAAGGCAUUAAUUGAUAUUUUUCUUUAAAAGACUGAUCUCUUUAACGUUAAAUAAAUAUAUAUGGUUGCUCUUCUGUAUCUGGUCGCAGAAGUCUAAGAAUGGAUUUGUUUGGCAUACAUAUUUGAUAUUACAUUGAUUGGCCUUUUGUAUCCAUUUUCUCUAAUCAUUUAUUAUACAGCUUCAUUGCUUCUUAUUGUUUACGUAAUGUAUUUUUAUUUUGUACGUAUGUAUGUAUGAAUUAUAUUGAAUAAAAAAAAAACAAACACAAACAUCCAUCUAGUCAAAGCAAGGAAAUUUGUUGAAUUGCGUUGGUCAAAGCAGGCAAUUUGAAUUUGUUUGUUAUCUAACGUGGUAAAGAGAUACUUUUAAGUUCAGGCUAACCCGUAACCCCUUUAUGGCAUUACUUAAGAUUAUUGGCAUAUUGUUUUAUUACUGUAAAUGUAUCAAUAACUGGAUUUUAUUAUGAGAUUAUAAGAAGGCAGAAAUACAAUAACAUGAAUGAUUAGUUUAGCUAAUAUUUGUAAAAUCAAGAUUUAAUAUCUGUAAAGGUGAACAAUACAUCAAAAAAGUUUUCCCUCUUGCUUAAUAAAUUUAAAUCUACUUUCAAAAAUGCCCCUUUCGCGCGCGGCCUAUUGCGAGGCUGUGAGGUACUGGUGUGGGUCCAAAUAUUUGCAAGAUAAGUGCAGAAAAAACUCCUGUAUAAAUAACAUAAGUUUAAAUAAAUUGAAGAACCGUCUUCUGUCUUGUCACCCUCCCAUCUUUCGAGAGACUUAAAGCCAACAAUAAUAUUAGCUUUAAUUGUUCUCAUAAUAACCCCCACCCCUAAAGAAAAAAAGCUGCUUACUAUUUACUUAACAUCCGUACAUUUUUUAGCCAGCUAAAGUUUAAAAGCACUCUAAAUGUUAAAGGCGGUGGGGUGGGGGACACGACCAUCUCCCCCACCCCAUGACUCCACCCAGGUGUAGACCUAUCAUUUAAAUAAUCAUUCUGUGAAGCCCAGUCGACCAAAUGCGGCAAGUAUUGCCAUAUGUAACAGAAUAUUCUAACGCAUUGAAUACUACGUCUUUAACCAUAAUUUUAGAAAGACCUUUGCAAAUGAAAGUCAAAUUACCUUUUAUAUAAAGAGGAACAUGAACAAAAAAAUGUAAAAAGUCAAAAACAAAGGACAAAGGUGUAUGUGAAUGAAAAUUUUGUGUAAUUUUGUGUGUUAAAAAAAAUCAAAAUAUCUAUUAUAAAUUUAUGUUACCUGUAAAAGGAAAACUGAAAGAAAUAAUGUUAAAUGGUAAUCAAAUGAAAGAAUUGAAAUAAAUGACUAUUGGGUAACAAAAUAAUUGUGUAUCUUUCAUUGUAUUAUGCUGUUUUGAUCUUGUUUUUUACUUAUAUGUUUGUCUUGGAGAUCCCUCGAUAGU